UUAUCACACAAUAAAUUAACAUAUAACAAAAUGAAAGUGACGUCAUUUUCCUGAUUGCUAAAAAUCCAGGCACACUAUAUACUAGCUUUUUGCAUUACUUUGAAUUGUUACAAUUUGAAAGAUUGAGUAAAGCAUUAAUUUCAUAAAAAUGAGUUCAAUUGUUUCAAGGACUACACUUGUUGCAUUUUUGUAUUUUUACUAUUACACUGCAGUGAGAGGCAGUGGUAAUAUAAUAGAUGACUGUUAUCAAGCCAAAUACAUUGCAAUGGGUGUUGAAGUUAACACUCCUACAAGUUGCAAAGGAAUCGGAGGACUUUCACUUGAUACAUCAAAGGACACAAUGGAAUGGCAACUGUCAGCGUGUAUGCAAAGGGCAAAUGUGGUAUUAUUUGAUAUCAGUAGGCAAUUUUCUGUAAUGUUUAGAUGUGAGUCAAACAAAGAUGGAACUGAUUGGGAUUAUGGAUGGCAAAGGAGCACAUCACAUAAUCUUUUAUUUGCCUAUGUUUUACCACAUCCUUCUUCGCCAAAAUGUAGAAACUCCUACUUCAUGAAAAAAAUAUGGGAUCCUUCUAAGAAUAUUCAUGACAUUUGUCCUAAUAUUACAACAAAAACGGCAGUAAUUAACGUUGAGGCAUGUAUGGCAAUUGCUUGUCAUGAACGAGCAGAUGUUUUAGACUUUUUAGACAAUGGAGUAUGUAAAAUUAUGUAUUGUAAGUGGGGUUUUUAUCGUAACCUUAUAACAAUACCUUUAUCAUCCAACAAAGUAACUACAUACACCUUAUCCCAUAGAGAUUGGGAUGAUUCAUUAUAUAAUUUAAAGGCAACAACUUUAAAAACAUCAAUAAAAUCAACAACAAAAACAUCAAGAAACAUCACAUCUGAGGACUCACAGAACCUGGACUCUAGAACUCUAGCAAUGAUAAUGACUGGAACUACAGCAUUACUUUUAGGAUUAGGCAUUGUAGUAGUCAUCUAUGUAAUUAUACAAAGAUUCAGAAAAAGACAUAGAGCAUCCAGGGAUGUUCACAUAAAUUCUUCAAAUUGUUCUACCUGCGGAUUUUCUGCAGAUCCUUCUGGUCGUUCAACUGUCGUAUCUGGCACUCCAACAUGUAGUCAUCAUUACAAUACAAUUAAUGAAUCCAAAACACUUUCUCCACCUGAUAACAAUGAUCAAUAUGUUGAGACAAUUCCAUUAAGAGGUAUACAUUCUGAAGGUAUUGAUAAUUAAUAUUGACAGAACAAAUGGAUUCCAUCCAUGACAUAGGUACUCGAAAUUUUGAAAAUUAAUGGUAGAACAGACCAUGUGGGAGACAGUAUGACUCAAACAAUGCCAAUCAAAUCAAUUGUUUAAGAUUAACUAACCAACGUUAGUGUGACAAUGUGACAUGCACUGGAAUGUACAGUCUAUAUAUCGCUGUCUCAAAUAUUGUUUCGUUUUCUUGACGUGAGAAAAAUAAAUUAUGUCA